UAUUACUGUAUUAUUACCGGUAAGUUAUUUCAAAAAUCUGUACUAUAAUUUGGAGCAUAGGAAAAACUUGAUUGGAAUGGUUAUCACGUUUUUGUCAAGUGCUUCUGAGAAAUUCAUAAUGGAAUUCUUCAAACGAAACAUUGUAUACAUUAUGAAAAUCAUACAACAAGACUUGCCUUAUAAUGCAUCUGAGAGAAUCACAGCGUUGCAUCAAAAGGUUGGUUGUCUCCAAAUGGUAAAGGCGUUCUAUGAGUUAUUACCAAACGACGCAACAAAGACCGGUUCCGAACUUGAUACUAUGUGGGUUGACUCUAACGAUAACACAGCACAGCAACACAAACAGCGUGAAAUUAAGAAUACCUUAUAUACUACUUUCACAAGUAUGAGAGAAGAACCUUUAGCAUCAGAUCUGAGAAAGGAAGCAGAAGAUGACCGAAAAGCAAUCUUAUGCUACAAUCAAGCAGUAUUAAAUGCAUUUAUUGCCUUUUCACUGCGUUUUGCAGUGAAAGAAGCACUAUUCGUUAAGAUUUUUGGAAAAGCUGGAAAAUUCUCGCGUCAGUAUAUUUGGAACUCUGUGGUAGAUGUAACGCAUACUAUCUGCUUAAAGUUAGAAUUGGAUCAACCGUUAGUUAAAAGUAGACUUCAAGACCUCCAUGCUGCAUCUGGUAAACUUCCGAGUGAUGAUGAGAGAAAUAUCACUUAUAUGGCCUCUAUAGCGCUUACCGGAAGCAGGUAAGAGAUUCUUUUUAAUCCGAAUCUUAUCUAAACAAAAAGUUAUUAAUGUUAUCACAACAUGCUAGUUUAACUCCAUCUUCUUUCGCCGAGGUAAGUCACUUGUUCUUAGUUUCAUUUCAUAC